GCGCGGUGGAGAAGGAGGAAUAAAGAAAACUAGGAAGCAAGAAAAAGGAAGACGUUAAAAGUACGAAACCCUCUCUCUCUCUCUCUCUCUCUCUGUCCCUCUCUCGGUUCUAGCAGGGCGAAGGGGGAAGCAAAGAGGGUUAGGAGGAAAAAGGAGAAAAUGGACGGAAAUCUAGAAGCAUCUAUAGAGUCUCUUUUAAAUGUAGAAAAGCAGAUGAGACUUGCUGCUGAUGUUGCUGGAACUAAGAAAGCAGUCAUUGAUAUUGUGCAACUCUGCUUUCAAGCUCGUGCAUGGAAAACACUUAAUGAUCAGAUUGUCCUUCUUUCAAAAAGAAGGGGCCAAGUUAAGCAGGCUGUGACUGCAAUGGUGCAGCAAGCAAUGCAAUAUAUAGAUGAAACACCUGAUCUUGAAACUCGUAUUGAACUUAUCAAGACAUUGAACAAUGUCUCAGCUGGAAAGAUUUAUGUUGAGAUUGAAAGGGCAAGGCUUAUAAAAAGGCUUGCCAAAAUCAAAGAAGAACAAGGACUUAUUGCAGAAGCUGCUGAUCUAAUGCAAGAAAUUGCUGUGGAAACUUUUGGUGCAAUGGCCAAGACAGAGAAAAUAGCUUUCAUACUUGAACAGGUGCGUUUGUGCUUAGACCGCAAAGACUAUGUCCGUGCACAAAUUCUCUCCAGGAAAAUUAGUCCUAGAGUAUUUGAUGCUGACACAUCAAAGGAGAAGAAGAAGCCAAAAGAAGGCGAUAACAUUGUUGAGGAGGCUCCUGCAGACAUACCUUCGCUGUUAGAGCUUAAGAGAAUUUACUAUGAAUUGAUGAUUCGGUACUAUUUCCAUCACAAUGACUACCUAGAGAUUUGCCGUAGUUACAAGGCAAUCUAUGAGAUUCCUUCUAUCAGAGAAGACCCAACUCAAUGGAUGCCAGUCUUGAGGAAAAUUUGUUGGUAUCUAGUAUUGUCUCCACAUGGCCCAAUGCAAUCUAGUCUUCUUAACUCUACAUUGGAAGAUAAGAAUCUGACUGAGAUUCCUAAUUUCCGUGCACUGUUAAAGCAACUAGUGACAAUGGAGGUAAUCCGUUGGACAACUCUUUGGGAAACAUACAAAGUUGAAUUUGAGCGGGAGAGAGAAAUGCUAGGUGGGCCUUUGGGGGAUAAGGCAGCUGAAGAUCUUAGACAACGGAUUAUUGAACAUAACAUUUUGGUGGUUUCAAAAUACUAUUCGAGAAUCACUGUGAAGAGGCUUGCAGAACUGUUGUGCCUCAGUUCACAGGAAGCAGAAAAGUACAUGUCUGAAAUGGUUGUAUCCCAAUCCCUUGUGGCAAAGAUCGACAGACCAGCAGGCAUAGUUAGCUUCCAGUCUGCAAAAGACAGCAAUGACAUUCUUAACUCGUGGGCAACAAACUUAGAGAAGCUUCUUGAUCUUGUAGAAAAGAGCUGUCAUCAAAUCCACAAGGAAACCAUGGUUCACAAAGCGGCACUUAAAGUUCAGUAACCAACCAUUCUCAAUCGGUCAGUCAUUUGAACACGGGUUCUAGGACAUAACGAGAUUACAGAUCUACUACUGCUUUUCAUUUCUCAAUCUUGUAUUUUCUGAUACUCAAGCAAGGUUAGUAGUUCCUUUUUAUAUUUCUUUGGUAUACCUUAUUAUUUUCAAAGCUGUCUGCAUGCGGGCAUUGGUCUUGUUGCGGACUAACUGUGUGUUUAAUUUUUUGGUGUAAUUUUGCAUUGUGAGAUAAAACAGUUGGUCUGUUGACCUUUGCGUAACUUACCAUAUCUAAAGUUAUUUUUGGUAACA